AUGCCGUCGUGCGUCUUAAAAACGUGCAAAAACGCUUCAACUUCGAAGAAAAAAGAUGUUGGAGUGACCUAUCACCGGGGUGCUUUUUCCAGUAGAAGUAAUGACUUCAUAGCAACAGUGGACACCAAAGCGAGUGACACUAAGAAAAGACAGAAGACGACCGUAUCGUCGGAAAUAGCUAAAAAAAUAAAACAGGAGUCAUUAAAAAAACUGACGCUGAAGGACUUUGACAUCGAGGAUAUCGACGAUAUUAUUGAACUCGACUAA